GGGCGGGAAGGACGGCGAGGCGGCCGGGAGGCUCCGAGUGGCGGUCGACAUGUUUCGGGCGCCGGAGAGCAAGGGAGGCCGGGCCGGCUCCAGGGCCAUGAAGCCCCCGGGAGGAGAGCCAAGUGAUCAUCCAGAAGAAGCUGCACCUCCACGCAGGCCAGACAGGAUGGCAUCUAAUAUUUUUGGAUCAACUGAAGAACCUCAGAACAUACCCAAAAGGACCAAUCCCCCUGGGGGGAAAGGAAGUGGUAUAUUUGAUGAAUCCACGCCUGUGCAGACUCGACAGCGUCUGAACCCCCCUGGUGGGAAGACCAGUGACAUUUUUGGCUCCCCAGUCGCUGCUACUUCACCCAUGGCACACCCAAACAAACCCAAGGACCACGUGUUCCUGUGUGAGGGAGAGGACACACUGGACCUUAGAGCCACAGCCAGCGCCUCCCCCAGACAAGAGCCGGGUGAGCCAGGUGGCCCAAGAGAAGCAGCCCGCGCCCAGGAGCCUGCGCCCACCGUUGACAGCCAUGAACCCAGGCUGGGCCCGAGGCCUCGCUCCCACAACAAAGUCCUGAACCCGCCUGGAGGCAAGUCCAGCAUCUCCUUCUACUAAGACGCUGCUGCGUCCCCCAUAGCCAGACAAGAAACUCGAGAGAUAGGAUUUCAAAAUUAUAGUUUCUUUAGGCUGAAGGAGCGGGGUGGGGAAGAGGGUCUGUUGGGUGGACACCUGAAGCUGCUGCUCCAGCUUCACUGCCAUCACAAGAAGCCGGAGACCUCGCCUCCCGGAAACCAAGGGAGGAAAUGUGAUCCCUGGUGUGAGAGGAGCUCUCUGGUGGGUGGGCAGGGAGGUAGUACCAGGCAGGUGUGCCUGAGGCGUGGGGUCUUCACGUCCUUGGUGUGUUGGCUAAUUGGGUAUCUAGGAGUCACUAAUGCAGCAGCAGAGUUUAAAGCCUUUGAGAGAAAUCCAAAAACCACGUGUCCGUUACUGUGGGAUAGAAGAGCAAGACACACUGAAACCCUAGCGGGGUGGGGAGGGUGGGUAUCUGGAUAGACCCCUCAGAUCCUGAUGCCGUUUACCCUUCAUGGACACGGUCUCUGUUUCUGGGACUUCGUCCCCAGUGUUUUUCACUUCAGUUCCACAGAUUUUCUUGAAACAUCUUCAUUGCUUUUCCUCAGCAGCUGUCAACAAAAAACCAAAAUGUUUUUCUCAGUCUUAUGCUUUAUGGAAAGAUUUUGUACCCUGAUCUCCCAAGGUGCCCCGCUUCUGCCCUCUUAGUCCUUGGCCAGAUCUUACAUAGAAAUCUCUCCCUUUCGUCCACGAGAGCCUGGUUUUGGGCUCUUUACAGGCAGUUUUGCUUGUGAAUUGUUCCUUUUUUCCUCAUCAGCCUUAAGUCUAGGCCUUUGCUCCUCACUAAUGAUAUGGACAGUUCCCUUCACCAGCAACACUUCCUAUCUACAAGGCCACUAACUUUUAUAGGACUUUAAAACUACCCAGAUAUAUCCAGGUAAUGGCAUUGUUUAACUCCUUCAUGUGUCUUCCUUUAUAUUCCUGCUGACAGUGGGAAGAAGAGAUGCUUGAGAACCUUGGGUUCUUAGGUUUGGAUUCUGUCAUAAUAGCUCAAGACCCGUUCUCAAGUACCUGCUUUACAUCAGUAACUGUUGACUCUGGUCUGUUUCUGACACCUUUCUAGAAAAAAAAGUCUUGCACAGGUGCACCAAAGAGGAAGGAAAGUGUUCUUAGGCCGCCCUUUAUAAAGCUUUGCAGAACCUCUGGAUCAUAUUCACAGUUUCCAGACGAGUCUUAGAGACCUUAGGCCAAGAGAUUAAAUAGUUCGGCAGUAAAGUCUCAACUGGCCCAUUCCAUGAUAUUUGCCAGCAAAGAUAAUGGGCUGGCAAGAAUCGUGCUGCUGUAAUCUGUCAGGUGAAAGUUUCUCCCAUUGAGCCUCUAAAGGGCUAUGGUGUUGGUUCCUGUACUGCAGUCUCGUGGGACCAACAGUUUGGGUUGGAGCUACUGGUCCAAGUGCCUACAAAGCUAAUGCAGGUGCUAAAAAUGUCUUCAUCGUUAAAAUGUAGUCACACUCCCAGUGACCUGGACGCUCAAGUGCCUGCAGGAGCUCCCUGCCAAGCUCCACAUCCUCCACCGGCGCUGGGGGGGUUCACACGGUGCUUUGCCAAGCAAAGACACUUUGCUUUUCUGUCCCCCUGCUGACUUUGGAGCCGAGAAACACUGAUUCCAUGUGACUCUAUCAAGUGCUUCCUAUCUCCUCCAUCCUUCAGAUGGUCAUUUAUAGGAAAGUUGUCUGGAAUUCAUUUUUUUCACAUUAAAAAAUGUCAUAAAUGGUGGUUA